UUUCGAUAGCUUCACACAAGGUUCCCUCGCACGACACCUUUCCCACGCUCCCGUAGCCUUCGUUCUCCCGAUCAUAUCAGAAUGAAGACUGGUCUGGCUUUCAUUGCGAUGGCGGUAGCCGCGGAGGCCUUCGUGACUCCGUCCGGCUUUGCGGGAAGUGCGUUGUCCCGCGUGUCGUCUUCGUCUUCGUCGUCUACCAUCCGAAUGGCGGGAGGCAACGCCGCCUUGGAAGCCUUCGACGAGUUGGAGCAGUCGAUCGCGCCGGCACCCGCGGGCGGAGGGUUCUGGUUCGGUUCGUCAGGGUUCUGGGGAGAGGAGGACUACCGCGGGUUCGUGGACGGCUACAAGGCGGACAACCUUCUCAACAAAGUGUACCCGAUCGUCGACCGCGUUCGCGCCACCAAGAUCCUCACCACCACUGCCGAGUCGGGACUCCUCUCAGAGCUCGAGGACGCCGGGCUCACCCUCAGCGAGGCAGAGAAGCUGCUCCCUCAAUUGGAGGAGGCCGGUCUCCUCUCCUUCGCUGCGGACAACUUGGAUGUGCUCAUCAACCUCUUCGGUUUCAUCGCCAUUGAGCCAGCGAAGCUCGCCAUCCCAGCCGUGGUGAGCGUGGUGAAGGCGUUGAAGGGUGCGGGUCUGCUCAAGCUGGGCGGAGGCGACGCUGCCCCGGUGGCUGCCUCGCCCGUCAAGGCCACCAAGGCACCCAAGGCGAUGAAGGCGGCUCUCAAUGUCAAGGCCGCUCCCAAGGUCAAGGCCGCUCCUAAGGCGAAGGCCGCUCCUAAGGCGAAAGCCGCUCCUAAGGCGAAGGCCGCUCCUAAGGUCAAGGCCGCUCCUAAGCCCGCACCCAAGAAGGCAGCUCCAAAGAGGGCAGCACCGAGCCAACAGGGAAACAUCGCAAACCUCCCCAAGGCCCUCUGAUUGGGCCGCACGUUGAUUCCGCCGCAUUUCUCGAUUUUUCCGCGCAUCGGUUGCACCGCACGUCCGGUGAAGAUUUCCUAGCCGGUGCCGUAUGUUUUUUGUCCGCCUGAUUUUUGGUAUGUGUUUAGAGGUGGAGAGUGCAGUGGAAUGAGAAAGGCGGCGUUGGCAACUCGCAGGAGUCAAGCGAAAUAGUGCUUGUUUACGGGCAACAGCAGCAUAUGCUCUCCUCUUCGCUGGGGCAUGAUGCAAUACAGUAGACCACCUUCUAACGAGCUUGUUAGUAAGCGUAUGGUAAAAAUUACACACGGUACUUGACCAGCCCGUCCUUGCAUUGUUGUUCAUAGUUGGGUAGAAGGAAUGUCCACUUAGGGGUUACAUCACCCCACCAGGUGCCUAGGGGUCUCGGUUCGCGAGCAUAGAGAUUUUCAAACUAGUCCUGCUGCAGCUGAAGGGUGUGGCUUCGUGUUGCCUUAUGAAAAUUGGCUCUGGUCGAAGUGGCAUGAACAGAAGGAUGACUCAGUAUUUCGUUUUACCACUUUCAUGAUGGACGUCAUGUUUUCGUUUCACUACUUUGACGGCCGAAUGCGUUGUCCACGAAGAAGACAGAACGUGAGUGAAUUUUGGGCGUGCCGCCAACAGUAGGCGUAUCAACGAGGUAGUGUACGUCUCUCUGACGUCGCACAACGAAUGAUUGCUUGGAAGGUUAUUCCGCGCUUUUCAGCAAGGCACGCUUGGCGAGCAAACGUAGAGUGUUGGCUCGGGCGGCAGGCGGCGUGGCCAUAAACUUGUCUUUUGAGACGCUUUUCGGAAGGAUUGGGGCACGUAGCUCUUCGCGGUCCGGACUCGAUUCGCAUGCACGCGUGAUUCCCCGCGCACGCAUGGAUAUCGGCGCGCAGAGAGCAUCGUCACAGAGUUAGUCAUCACAUGAAUUAAGAACCUGAACAUACAUGGUCGACAACAACAAAGGGCGUGUUAGCACACAACACACUUCAGUGUGCAGUGCGUGAGCUCAGGUGAGCAACUCUGGGUUUGGGACCAACACGUGAUCCAUGCUUUCGGCAAACAAAUGUUGAGUUCUCCCUAUAGUCUGUGGAUCAGGAGGUCGGUCGGAUAAGUUUUUUCGAGCUCGAUGCAUAGAGCAAUGAUGAGGGGGUGUUCUUGUUGCCACGUGGUUCGAACCCGACCAUAACUGCUCGUCAGAGUCUGUUUUUCUCUGCCAGCUGUUUCGCUCUCUAGCUGGGGUGAAGUGUCAUCGGGCGACAGCAAGCGUCCCCGCUCGAUAUAUCUGCCUUUUACGUGGGGAACCUGACGAAUGAACGUGGCACGCUUGGCUCGGCUC